UACGUUACACCGCACGCAUGUGUCUAGAUCUUCUUUCAUAUUUCAAUUGUCUGAGACGAAGGAAAUUGCCGCGAUGAACCGUGCAAUCGUGUUUUUUGUUCUAGUUAGCUUAAGCAUAACGUGGGGGGAGAUGGGGACGUGUGGGAACUGUGCGAAAGGGGACCUAAGUAUCACUGAACUGACGGAGGCGAGAAUCCAGUUCAUCAAGCAACAGAUUCUUAAGAAACUGAGGCUCAGUAAGAAGCCAGCUGUGGCUGUGCCGGUGAAUAGUCUACCGAUGCCGGUUGCCCAGGGCCAGACGUUAAGCCAUGGUACUGAUAAACCGCCAGAAUUUGAUGAUUAUUAUGGCAGAACAGAACAGAAGAUUAUAUUCCCAGUUGAAGGGGAGUGUCUUACUUCCGGCCGAUAUCCGUUCACCUGCUUACAAUUCGAACUUCCGCCGGAUGUGGAACCAGAAGAAGUUACCGUUGUUGAACUAUGGUUUUAUAAGGAACGUGAUCCCUUUGACGAAUACAACCAGACCUUUGUAAUAUCGGAGGCAGCUCAUUGGGAUAGUCAGCAGCAAUUCAAAAAGACAAAGCCGAUCGCCAUCAAAGAGACUGAUAUUGGUGAGGGCUGGGUGCGUGUGGAACUGGCUUGGGCAGUCAGGGUCUGGUUGGAGGGACGAGAGAGGCUCCAUACGUUGCAUGUUGCGUGCAGAACUUGUCAGUUGCGCCGAGCGCCGCUCUCCUUCCACGAGAAACAUCGCCCAUUCUUAGUCCUAUAUACUAAAUACGCUGGUAAGCGACGCCAGGGGCGCGCCCUAGAGUGUGGGUCUAAUACCAGUGAGUGUUGCCGGGAACCCCUAUACGUCAGCUUUCGGGAACUGGGUUGGGAUGAUUGGAUCAUACGACCAGCUGGGUACCAUGCUUACUUCUGCAAAGGCUCGUGUUUACCAAUUUCUGCUGUGACUAAAGCGGAUAGUUAUCAUCAUAAUAUUAUUAGGAAAUACUUUUAUUCAGUAUCGAAUGAUAAAAGGGCAGAGUUCAAGCCAUGCUGUGCCCCAACCACGUUUAGUUCGUUACAAUUACUCUACAUGGAUUCAAAUAACACUGUGACGCAGAAGACGCUUCCUAAUAUGGUGGUCGAAUCUUGUGGGUGUAUGUGAUGCUGAAAAUGUUUAAGUAACGUAACUAUUGUUUACUUAAAAAGACUCAACCAACACAUCAUUCAUACGGAUGAUUGUAGAAAGGUUGUAAAUAUGCCCGACGUUAUGAAAGGCCAUGGUCUGUUCUACAAAGAGUCUCGGUGUACUUAAUAUUAGUAUGCUCAUGGUGUCUCUCAGGGUCCCGAAUUGUUGCCGCUUUGUUUUCACAAACAUCAGGAAAAUGUUUUAAUAUUUGACAGCUCGUUGUACAUGUAACAUAUUUGUUUAGUUUUAAAUGUAUGUGAAUUCUGCAUAGGUUAACUAGAAUGAUGUGUAAGUUAUUGUAAUUUAGGUUUUGAAUGGUUAAACUAGUUAAUUUAAUAUCGUUUAGGGAAACUAUGUGAUGUAGUGAUACUUAGAGAAUAUUCGUUAAAUAUUUUAUUUAUAAUAAUUGAAAGAUUUGAAAAAUUUAACACAUUCAUUUCUCAUACAUGUUGUAUUUAAUUAGUAAAUUUUUAUAUAAAAUCUAUUCUGCCGUUAUAAUCAACAUUGUCUAGUGCUCUUAACUCUGAGAACGUGGUUUCCAAUUCUGGAAUUAUCUACUUAUGUGCAUAAUUGCUCAUACGGUGACGAAAAACAAUGUGAGGAAAUGAGUAAUGACAUAUGGAAGUCAUACUUAGCGUUAAGUCUCGACUUUUAAUGAAAGAUGUACCUACCUAAGAUCCAAAAUUGAAUGUGAUAUGUCAUCUGUCAGGUACAUAUUUCUUUAACUAUAAAUGAUAACCUUGACUUAGUAAUAUCAAUUUGAUUUAGUUAUCGCAUACGUGAUUAUCAACUUAAUCUAUAAAAAGUAAUUAUUUAUAUUUCCACUUAAAAUGUUUAUUUAAAAUAUCAUGUGAUAUUUGAUAUCACAACGUACAUGGUAUCACAGUCAAUAAACAAGUUCUUAUAUAUUACCUACAGACUGUCGAGAUUUAUGUGACAUCCGUAUAUCAAAAAUUUAUUGACAUAGGCCAGUCAUACCUACUACGUUCUAUAUUCUGUAGGCGCGUAUAUGUCAACUGAAACUUUAUUAUUAUGAUACUCCAAUAAGUCUAAUGAAGCUCUUAAAACUUAGCGAUUAAUAAUAUACUCGCUUGUUUGAUUUGGGAUAUA